GUUUUAAGGUGAAAUGCCCCGCCAUCGGCUACCUAAUACCUAGAUGGGUACUGAACUGAAGACCUUUUGAGAUUUACCCCACGUUUAGAUACGCAAAAUACUCAUCUUCUUACAAAAAAAAAAAAAAAAGCCGCUGAAAUACAAUUCACAAUAUGGCUGCUACUAAUAGGGUCUUUGUUGCCGUUAUAGGCGCUGGAGGCGUUGGCAAAGCCUUCCUUUCUCAACUCGAGGCACUCUCGAAGAGACGACCGACACCCAAGCUGAGUCUCUGCUACAUCUCCACUAGCAAAAGGGCUCUUUUUAGCGACGAUUAUUCUUCUAUCGGUAUCGACAAUGCCAUCCAAGAACUCACCAACUCCGAUAAGGCCCCCAUGGUCUUGCCUCGUCUAGCCGACUAUCUGGUUGCAGCUCCGUCCAAAGUCAUUCUCGUUGACAACACCAGCUCCCAAGAUGUAGCCGACACCUACCCUCUCUUCCUCAGUCGCGGUAUCAGCAUUGUUACACCCAACAAGAAGGCCUUUUCAGGAUCGUACAAGUUAUGGCAGGAUAUCUUCACGGCUGCUGCAACAUCUGGAGCCAAGGUAUACCACGAGUCUUCUGUCGGUGCUGGUCUUCCAGUCAUCUCCACCCUCAAAGACCUAGUGGAAACCGGUGACGAGGUGACCAAGAUUGAGGGUGUAUUCAGCGGUACCAUGUCCUUCCUCUUCAACUCGUUCGCCCCUGUUGAGGGUUCCGGUGGCCAAUGGUCUGCCGAAGUCACGAAGGCGAAGGAGCUGGGAUACACUGAACCGGAUCCUCGGGACGAUCUAAACGGCCUCGAUGUGGCUAGGAAGCUAACUAUACUUGCGCGAUUGGCUGGGUUGCCCAUCGAAUCACCCACUUCUUUCCCCGUACAAAGCCUGAUUCCGAAGGAGUUGGAUUCCGUCUCCAGUGGCGACGAGUUUUUGCAGAGACUUCCGGAAUUCGACUCUCAAAUGGAGGAGACCAAGGCUGAGGCUCAAAAGCAAGGCAAAGUUGUACGAUUCGUGGGUAGUAUUGAUGUAGCUACGAAGGCUGUCAAGGUCGGCCUUGAGAUGUUCGACAGAUCGCACCCGAUCGCAGCGCUCAAAGGAAGCGACAACAUCAUUAAUUUCUAUACCAAGAGGUAUGGAGCAAGCCCACUCAUCAUACAAGGCAGUGGUGCUGGGGGCGAAGUGACGGCCAUGGGAGUCACCAGCGACCUGAUCAAAGUACUGUCUCAAAUCUCGUAAUUAAAAUUUCGAGUAUUAAAAAUGAAAGUAUUAUCAAUGAUCUAUUUUUGCAUUAUUCUUGAAUUCUAUGUUGUCGCCCUAGCAGCCAAAAUGUUAAGACGUUGCUCGUUAGUCGCCGGUCUGUCCCAAGUAAACAUUGCGCCUCUGACUCGUGACCGGGUUAGUGGAUAGGGCUGUCGCGGAACUGGUUCCGUUGGGCGACACCGUUGGGUUGGUUCUUUGCUCUUUAGUCUCGAUCGUGAUGUGAUUUGGUUGGGCUUCGUCUGUCGGCUGGAGUUGGAUUAAUCGCCAAAUCCAUAGACAGAAAUCGAAAAUGAUGAGGCCAAAGAGAGGGCCAACAAAGGCGAAGCUUGCUAAUUU